AUGAAAGAUUCAGACACCCGAGAAUCGGAGAUGUCAACUCUGGCACGGGAGUUCUGCGCCUUCAUGGUGCGAGCUUCAGGCUUGCAGUCCAAACUAGAAGCAUUUAUGGAGGAGAAAUGCAAAAACUUCAAAGGUGGCAGCCUUUUGGAAGAGCAGAAGUUGGAGUGGACACUCCUUCACAAAGAGUAUCUUGAGCUUGCAGAGCGAGAAAUGGAGGAGUUUCUUCAAGAGAAGAAUACAAGAGCUGAAAAUGUAGCAGAAGCAUUGAGAGAAGCUUUAGGCAACUCUUUGUGGUCUUUGCCCUUGUUGCAAUCUUUGGAAUAUGAAUCCUUUGCACUGCAGAUGAUCACUCGGGCUUCUGCUCUGCAGCUGCAAUCAGAGGCACUGGCAUCUGGUGGAAUCAGUGGAAGCUUUGGUGGGAUCUGGAAACUGGAACAGUCCGCGCCACGGAACCUGGAACGCUUUCUGAAAGCACAGGGCGUCCCAUGGAUCUUACGGCGUCUGCACAUUUUUGCUGAGAUCAGGGAGGUGUGUGUGGUCGAAAUACCAGGCACAGUCCCAAUCUUCACCAUACUUCAGCUUCGGGAUCAUGGCUUUGGAGUCUCGGAGGAACAGGUAGUUGCCGAUGGAGUGGAACGUUGUGAUGGCAAGUUCAGCACCAAAGCAUGGCUUUCGGACGGCGAAUUGCAUGUCCUGACAAAGCCAUCAGAUGGUCUCGGAAAUGUACUCCAGACUUGUUACACGGUUGCCAACGGUGGCCGUUCGCUGCUUGUCCGACGUUCAGCUUUGGAGCGUACAUUGCUGCAUACUCUGAUAGCAGAUGAUGCGUCGUGGUCCAUAACGCAACACUUUCAGCGCUGCGAAUCCACUCAGCUGCAAUGCAAUCUCAAAGCAAGUGCAGUAAACCAAAAUUGCUCUGGAGCUGCUUCAGUCCCAGUCCAGGGGCCAUAUCAAGGGCCCAUGGCAACUGUUACACCGCGGGUUCCAACACCUCCUUUGAUGCCUUGUAUGCAGGCGGGCCAGGACUCCAAAAAAGACCGUGCCUUUCGAUUGCUCAAUGAAGUACGCGCAGCCGUCAUGGAGGAGGCUGGAUCGAGGAUUGAUGAAAGGCUCAAGCAGCUGUGGACACAGGCCGCAACAGAGGUGAAGAAGCAGCAACGCGAGCAAGAAAGAUCCAUGAACCAACUUCUGGAAGAGGCCAAAAUCUUGACGGCCAAACAGCAGUCUAUGCAGGCUGAGAAUCAAGCCUUAAUGUCGAUGCUCAGCUCCUUGAUCAAGCAAGUGAUGCCUGGUGAGGGAGAUUGCAAGGAGCUGCCAGUGCAAGGUGGUGAGACACCCUCCACUGCCACUGCAUGUGGAAGCUCUGAUGGCAGUCCCAGCCAACUGGCAAAUCUGGAGCUGGACAUGCCGGAGCUCCCACCUUUCCCUGGCGCUGUUCCAGCAGUUACCUCUGCACCACCAGGACUUGGCCCUCCGUGGCCUCCAGCAUUGCCUGCAUUGUCCUUGGCCGAGGCACUUGGAAUUUCUGAGGUCAACAAAGGUUCAGAGGGCAAGGCCGGUGAGGCUGACACCGAGGCUGAUGACGGUGAUGUUGAUGCAUUCGUUUUCAAGCUUACCUUGCGGGUGGCAGAUGACAUGGACCUUGGCUUGUGCUUUGGCAAGAAAGGAGAGGCUUUGCGCAUCGACAGGGUGGAAUCGGGUGCCGCGGAGUCUUGGAAUCGGCAGUGUAGCACCAGCGGCUCCCCUGAACGUGUUCUGAUCCCAGGGGAUUUGGUGGUCUCAGUGAAUGACCAAUCUGAUCCGGAGAUCAUGUUGCAGGAAUGCACGACCCGCAAGCUGUUGAAGUUACGGGUCCUGCCAUGUGCAACACGUGCAAUAUCCCUUGACUUUUCCUACUGGAUUGGGAUAUGGACACCCUGGCGACUGGAUGACAUUUCCCUGGGCUUAGAGGCAGUUGGGCUUAGUGAUACCAUUGGCUUUGCCAGUGCCAAGUCAAUGGAUGAUGACUAUGAUCCAUUUUCAGAGGAGCCUGCACCACACGUGGCAAUGGAGAAGGUGUUCCGGAAAGCUGCGAGGAAAGCAGCUGGGCCUGGAAAGCUGGAUGCAGUCGAAUGGCGACCGCAGGAAGAUCCUUUGCUCGGCGUGGUGAAGCUGCCUCUGCCUCCCUGGCGGCGGAAGGCUGCUCCAAAGGCAAAUCUGGCCCCAAGCCAGCCAAAGAGAAAAGCGGCACCACGACCAAGAAAUGCUCAAGCCUGGCUGCGCCGACCACGACACAACCAAGGUGGUUUGGCAGAGGAAUACUUUCAAAAGGAAGAGAAGCAACCUGAAAAGAAGCAAAAAGUUGAAGUCAAGAGAGGAUUCGUUGGAGAGCUCCUUGACAAGGCACCUUCAACAUUGCAAACGUGUCGCAGCUUGCUGCUGUUUCUCGACAAGAAGGCUGAGGCAGCGCCAGAAAAACCACCUAUGCAUGGCCCAGAGGCACUUCAGGCACGGCUAGAGGCUCAUGCAGAAAGUCUAGGACGUCUGGAAGGAUUGCGAACACCUGGUGGCUGGGACGCCCGAGCCAAGCGGGUACUUGAUAUCAAUGCCACGGCUGCCUCACCACCAGGGGAGGCUGCGCUUUCAGCGUUGGAAAAGGCGUUGGAGAAGGAAAGCAAAGAACUCCGGAAGGGGAUGAAGGAAGCUGGAGAAAAACUGGAAGAUGUGCUGAAAGAGAGACAAGCUUGGGCUAAGGAGACUGUCCGACGAGAAUGGAUAGCUUGGUGUGCAAAGUUGCUCCGAGUUCGUGAAAGCCAACUGCUUGGCGAGAAGGAUGAAGCACCGGAGCAGAUGCUGAUGACAGCUAUGGAUGUCCUGGAGGCGCUUGUGGCAGGAACCACCACUUGA